AGCGCCUACAUAUCGAUGUAGAUCCAUGUCUAUUGCAUUAUCCCCAUGAUUUUUCUAUACGUGGGAGAAAGACAGUCGACAAAUUUUGCAUGUCAUGGUGCCCCAACGGUCCAACACAGUAAGAGAUAGAGUUCCUUGCAUAUAGACUUUAGUAUCUAAAAAAAAUGUCAUUUGACAGUCCGACAGAGGGCUUGGAAGUUGAUGAUGAUGAGAAUGGCUCAGUUGAGGAGAUUAUUACAGUACACCAGAUACCAAUACCAAAGUUGCUCACAUUUCAAAACCAAAAGUACCCAAAUAAUGUGUGGUCACAAUAUUCAACAAGUAGCAGUCCUCCAGGUGAUCAACAGAGGGCUUACAAAGAAACAGGGACUCCUCCAUUUGCAUCAAGCUUAGUUUUUCCACCCAUAAUACCUCUAAAUGUCGGAGGUCAUAUCUACAUGACCCGUUUGUCCACCCUACUCAAGUUUCCAGACUCCAUGCUUGCAACCAUGUUCAGUGGUCGGCACAAAAUUGACCAAGACAAAGAUGGCAACUUUUUUCUUGACAGCAACGGCGCUGUGUUUGAAUACAUUUUGGAGUAUCUUCGAUAUGGCUCAGUGCCUCCCGUGGACAAGAUGACAUUCAUGUUGUUCCGUGAUGCCAACUACUAUGGACUUCAUGAGCUGGUUGAAAGGCUCCAGCUGAAGCCAGAAAUUGCCACAAUGGCUGUCAAAGAAGCCCAGAGAGCCCAGUUUCCAAACUAUGCCUUUGUUAAAGAGGAAACUAUUAAAAUUGCUAUGGCUCGAGCCACUGUCUCCCGUGUAGGGGACGUAUCAAUUUAUGCCUUCCGCAAGGAAUUCAUACCCAAAGCCAUCAACUUUAACACUAAACAUAGUUGCGUCAUAGACAAUGCCCAAUUAACUGUAGGCCCAUGGGAUGCCCCAGCAGAUGAGGACACUUUUAUUCGAUGUUUGGAAAAUGAUUUGAUGGAAGAAGGAUUCACACUCAGGCCUCAUGAUGGCAAAAAAAAGUGCAAAUAUUAUUUCAACCAGACUUGUCAAAAGUGUAUCUUCAAGAUCACUAUAGUUUUUGAUUGAAGGCCUCUUAGUAGUCUAGAAACAUAGUAAGAUUCUAUGGCCAGCUUUCACUAUCAUUGAAUAAUGAUUGUAUUGACAAACUUCAUAAAUCUAAUUUCAUUCUUUUUUUAAACUUUCUUUUAAUAGAGAAUUGCAAUUAGUUUCAAUGUGUAUUCCAUACAUUUAUGGUUAGUAUGAGGAGAUAUAUAUCGGUAUAUAUAUGUACAAGAUUUAAUGCUGUUAAAAAAAAGUUUGUUUUGUUAUAUAUACUUUGUUAGUAAACACUUUUUUUUAUGAGAGAUUUAAACAAACUAACCACUAAUAAAAUCAGGAAAUAAAUGACAAAUAAUUUACUGCUUAAUUUACAUAAUGUAUACAAUAUAUGAAGAUAUAGAUUGGUUCUUGAUAACAGACUGUAAUAGUAUAAUAAUAACAUCUUUAUUACAUUUUUAAAUAGCUUCUAUUAUAUUUUUCAGAAACAGUGCAUCACAUCUUCAAAAAAUAAAGUAUGCCCUGAAUGAAAAAUAGUCUUUUAAUUAGCAAAAAAAUUUGCACAAAUGUGGAGGUGGGGGGGAGGGGUGUUAAGCAUGUGCCAACUUUGUCUUUAUAUAUGUAUAUGCUGGUAUAUUAUUAUAGAAAGUUACUCUUCAAUUUGUUUAUAUCACACUUGUGUAUUUUUUAUUUUUACGGAGUAGUUAUAAGCAUGCCAUGAGUUUGGUUUAACAAUGAUAAAUUCAAACUGUUAGACUAAAGCAGUUUAACCGAUAUAAGAACAUUGGACACUAUGUAAAGUUGUUAGUUAACACCUAUGAUAUACUAUCCUGUCUAGCUACACGAUGGUACAUAUCUAUCCACUUGUUCCUUAUACCAAUUUGAUGUACCUAUGCUGAUUACACCAAGCUUCAUGUGAAACAGUUUUUGCUAUAAAUGUGUUUGUACAAUCGACCAGCAAAUGCUUUGCUAAAUUAUGAUUGUUUCAUUCCUUUUCAUUGUUGUUGUUUGACUUCCUGUUGAGUGAACAAUGUAUAUGAACUAUGCUAAUGUGUUCAUUUUUAAUAGCCAAUGUUUAUGCUUGUAUUUCCCCCCAUUUUUAUAUGACUCCUAUGACUUUUAGAAAUGAUAUAUAUAAGUAUGAAACAUCAGAUUUUGAUGCUUAACUUUUUAGUACUGGUACCAAUAUGGUGAGUGGUAUUUUACAAGUUUUAUGGGUAUAGAAGGCAAGGGACAUAAUUCACUUAUUUCUUGUGGUUUUGGUAUUCUGUGGUCAGCAGCAGAGUCUCCUAUAUCAGCUGGUAUCAAGUACAAGUAUUUCUGUUUGUAUUUAAAUGAAAGUGCUUAACGAGUGACCAUGUUAAUCAUAUUUGUCUAAAUAAUUGAUUUUCUCCCCUUGCCAAGUAAGCUAAUAUUUCCCAGAUUUGCGUCUGAAGGUUGUUUAUUAUAGUUUUAUUAUGGAUUUCAUUUGCCUUUAAGGACUGUCACUUACAAUGUUGAUGGCACUAUUCUUGCUAAAUCAUCUUUAAUUUAGAAACAUUAUUCCCCUAUCUAACUCCUGCAUGGGUUUAGCCAUUUUCUGUGGCAUUUUUGCGUCUCAAGAGAUUAUCUUUUCCCUCUGCAACUUCUUGUGUGACUAAAGAGGCCAAUCCUUGAUACACAGCUGCGGUCACAGGUUGGGCAUAUGUAAUCACCAGGCGCCGUUACAUUUUCACCCAUUAGCCAUUGAAACCCAGAUAAACCAGAAGAUUUAUUCUUAGCCAUCCAGAGCUUGUUGGUGAAAGUUAAGCUCUGUCCACUUCACUUGACUUUAAUUUACUUUAAUUGACCUUUCUGGAGUUGUUUCUUCUGUCAAAAGUUUUUCACUACCUCUUGAUGUUACACUAAAGUAAAAGUUAAAAGUUCCCCUUUAAGACCUUGCGAUCUAUAGGACAAUUGAUGUAAAGUUCAUCUGUUUCUGUGGCCCAUGGUUAACAAACGUGUCAUGUGGCCAGCACAAUGACCAACCACCUUUACUUUUCCCCAGCUAAUGUCAGGUUAGAGCUGGGUGGACUCAGAGGCACCCAAAGAGCUGAAAUUAAAAGUUCCUGUCUUCACCAGGAUUCAAACCCGGGACCCCCAAUUAGGAAGCCAAGCACUUUACCACCCAUCCACCGGGCCCCCUUGUUGAAGAUUGAUCUCUUAUAAUUGUGAGCUGCAGCAAAAAAAAAACAUGGUCUCUUAGCAGAGUUGAUAACUAACAGUUGAUCUCAUUUGUGAUAAGUGAAUCAUCCGAGUUAUCCUUAUCAAAGCAUUAAGACAAAAUGUUCACUUUCAUUAGCAUAAAAAACAUUCAUCAAUUAAUCAAUCGUUGAGUUAAGUAGGCGUUUAAGUUGAACUCAAGAGUUGUGUGAAAUAGUUGAGAGUUUCCCUUUCAGACCAUAUGGUCUAAAGGGCAGAUGAUGCAAAGGUCAUUUGUUUCUGUAGCCCAUGGUUAACGAGGGUGUCAAGUCACCAGUACAACAACAAACCGCCUUUACUUUCCCAACUAAUGUCAGGUAUCCAUUAGAAAUUAGAGGUGCCCUAAAGAUCUUGAAAUUAAAAAUACUACGAUUAGAACCAGCGCUUUACCAUUCUCUCAUCCAGGCCUCUGAAAUAGUUGAGAGUUACCAUUUAUUUGAUAAAGAUAAAUCUUUUUUUUUAAGUGCAACCCAGCUUCUCCAACACUCUUUCAUUACAAUAUAUGUGGUCACAGAUUAGUUACUACUAAGUUUUUUUGUUAGUCAACAAAAAUAUAGCAGGAAAAAUAAGAUCCCAUUUAUUUCCAUACCUAAGAAGAAAUGACAGAUUCUUCAGAUGAUGCUGAUACUAUGCCAUACAGAUGUCCAUUGAUAAUGUGCUGUUGAUAAUUAUUGUAAAAAUCUGUUAAAAAUUACUUCACUGUGAUAGCUCAUUACAAUGUACAAAUCUUUUAUAGAAUGUGAUGAAAUGUAUUUGAAAUGUCGGUUUACAAACUGAAGGUUUUGUUUAUCAUUUAUAGGCCGGUACUGUUUAUCAUUUAUAUACCGGUACUGAAACAUGUUUUGGCUUUUAAAAAAAAUUUUUUUUACAUAACUUUAUUAUUUCCCUCUGUGAUGGUUAACACUUUUAUAUCGACGUUAUUUCAUUGUUUUACCCUGUGAUAACUAAAACACUUAUAAGACAUUGUUGUUGUAUAUUAACUUGGGUUGUUUUUAGUUACUACACUACCAGCUGACCUGGUUCAGUCAUAGUGUAAAAUAUGACUCACAGCCCAGAAUCGUUCUUCAAGGUAUAGUGAAGAAAGAUUGAGGAAAGCUGGCUGGACAUCAUGAAAGAAUGGACUGGCCCCUCUCUCUCUUGAUAUUCUGCUAAAGCUAGCUGCUGACCAGGAAGUGUGGAUGGAUUUGGUUCCACGAACUGUCCCAGCACCCCUAGGACACAAGUUAAGGGACUGAUGUUGUUGAAUACAUGUUUCAGAAUGUAAACUCACCCAAAUUGUUUCAUUAUUUUGUUCCUCUGUUUCAUGUUGAAGCAUAAGUCAACAUAUCAGAUUAUUAUAUACUUGAAAAGAAAAGAAUUGAAAUGAAUGUUGGUAAUGAUAACUGUUUCAUGUUGAAGCAUAAGUCAACAUAUCAGAUUAUUAUAUACUUGAAAAGAAAAGAAUUGAAAUGAAUGUUGGCAAUGAUAACUGAUAAUCUUUUUUUUUUCAAUUCCUACUGUUAUCUUGCUUUCUCAUAAUGACUUGGUGGAAAGUGGCUGGAAAAAGUUGGUCAAAAGCUGGAAAUCUGAAAUUCCCAAAACUGGCUGCAAAGUUGAUAAAUGCUUAGAGUUUAUUCCGCACAUCGGCCAAUUUUUUUUCAAUAGCAAUCCAGUCAUCAUAUUUAAUCUGAUCAGAUCUCAUGAUUAAAUCCAAUGUUGUUUGAACAUAAAGUAGAAAAUGGUUGUUAAUCAUUGUUUUUUUUUUCAUUUAUACUUGUUUUCUUUUAAAUAUGUUCAAGACUUUAUAAAAAGUUGUAGAUUAAUCUCUACUUCAUUCUAUUGAUUAUGAGCUAGCUUUCAUUUAUGGGAGGAAAACAUUGCUUUUUAACUGCAGGAACUUGUUAAAAUUAAAAUUUUAAUUUUUUAAAAUCAAUACUUGCUUAUGUUAUAACUCAUUAAUACUAGGAUAAGCGAACUACUUAUAUCAUUUGUUAUUUUUUUACACUCAGGAGUUAGUAGGACUUUUGUUGUUGAUUGUUUAUUUAAGAGCUUUAUAUGUACAAGUAGCUUUGUAUAUACAUAUAGAGGUUAUAUGAAAAUAUAAUUUUACUUUUAAACUUCACUCAUUGGCUUAAAGCUGUUGUGAGGGGCUGUAAUCUCAAGGCAUUAACUGACUUUUUUUUCUUUUUAUUUUAUGUAAAUUAAAAAUUUCUUGCCAUGUCUUUAAACAUUUUGUUUUUCAAUGACCAAUUUAUUCUUUUUUUGGUAAGGCAUUAUGAUAUGUGCAAUUAAAAUUGUGCUUAAACUUAUGUACAUACAGGCGCAUGAUUAGAGCCUACUAUGGUUUCAAUUUGAAUACAUUCUGUUUUUUUUUUGGCCAUGUAAAUAUUAAAUAUCAUCUUAUCUUAUAAAUUACAGAUGUUCGAACUUCGGAACUAUGCAUACCUAUGUGUUAAGGUAGUCAUGCAUGUUGAUUAAAGUCAAAGUCUGCAUCGGUUUUCCUGGCUGAUUCAGGCUACCCAUUCUAUGCUCUAAUGGCACUUUGGAAGAAAGUGCACUUGUACGAAUUUGUCCUAGCAUAUAAAAUAAGAGAAGCUAAUAUUCAUUGUAAUUAAACAUUGGCAAGUAGAAUAAGCCGGUUGCCCAUUUUAUCAUACUUUUAGCAUAAUGGUAGCCAUUUAUUUAUCUGAAAAAGAACAUGGUGAUGCAGUAUACUAGAGGAAGCCGAGAGGUCCGGAAAGAGAUGGGAAGCCGUUAAAGAACUAGCAAUAGACUGUGGAGAGUGGCGAGAUUUUGCUGAGGCCCUAUGUUCCAUAAGGAAAGCAAAGGAAAGAUGAUGAUAUAAAAUAAGAGAAGCUAUUAUUCACUGUAAUUAAACAUUGGCAAGUAGAAUAAGCCAGUUGCCCAUUUUAUCAUACUUUUAGCAUAGUGGUAGCCAUUUAUUUAUCUGAAAAAUGUCAUGGUAUUUGACAUGUAAGUUUUAUGUUACACUUCUUUGAAAAGGGUUUGUUUCUCUUGCCUAUGACCACUGUGUGUUUACACCAUUAGUAAAAUCACUAAAUCAACCAGGAAAACCAAUCUUACCAGAGCGUAAGUCACUGAUUAUCAUGUAUGACUAGAUUGAAACAUGAAAUGUAGUAGGACUCUUUUUGAAGUAGCAUUUGUAAUUAUUAAGCUAUAACAUAUUUGAGAUACAUUUUUUUUUUACUGAUUCUCUCCAGUCCUCAAUGAUCCUAUUAAAGAUUAUGCCCAGGGAUCAUGAUUUGUGUUAAUACUUUUUACUAUAAUCAUUUCAAUUGGAUUAUUGUUUAGCCUUUCACAGCUGCCGCAGUGAUUAAGACAAAUGGUAGAGUUGUUUUGUCCUUAAGUUUUAGCAUUUCUGUUGAUAUAAAAUAAUUUUGUUCUAAAGGGUAUUAAAGUUCUUAAUGCUUUA